GAGUACAGGUUUAAUGAUAGUUUAUUUACCUAAAUGUAUAUUAAAGUAAUGUUACUUUAGAAAUUGACACUCGUAUUUCAUAGUCAUACAAUUUGACUCAGAACUAUGGCACCAUAUCCAGAAGAAAUUGACGUCUUUUCAGCGCCUCAUUCGCGAAUGAAGCAAUUAGUCGAUGUCUACUCUGAGAAAUUGACUUGUACAGAUUUUAAGGAUUAUGCUGCUGUGGAGUCAUUAUUACAUGAUUUACAUGACACAUUUUGUGAAUUUAAGUCUCACGAACAAAUCGAGAACAAAUAUAUUAUGAGAAAACUGAAGAAAAGGCUGAAAUCUUUGUCCAUUCAUGAUGCUGCUGUAUGUAAUUGUCAUUCUGAUAAUCAGUUGUCUGACAUGUUGGCUCUUGUCAAGGAUGGAUACUCUUGCACAUCUAAACCAGAAGCAGAACGUAUCAAUUUUGGUGUUAAACUAGAAAAUGCCCUUCGAGAAUUUACUGGAUCCUUCCUACCUCACAUGAAGGAAGAGGAAGAGGUUUUUCAACCUAUGUUAAUGAAGUACUUUGAGUAUGAAGAAUUAAAAUGUUUGAAAGAACAGGUUCUUGAAGAGCACAGUAAAUGGCAUUUAUAUGAAACUGACAAUGAAAAGCAUUUUUUUGAAGCUGCUGAAGCAGAUUUAAAAAUUGAUACUGCCACUCAAACUGUGGAGAGCAAUUUUUCAAAGCUGCCACCAGAAGUACUUUCGCACAUAUUUUCUUUUUUGUCUCCUCAAGAGCUUCUUAAUUGUUCUGCUGUGAAUCGUCAUUGGUACAACCUUUCCCGUGAACCUUGCUUAUGGAAGGAAAUAUAUCCCUGUUACUGGGCUCAUGGUGUCUGGGAAAGUUAUGACUAUAGCCAUGAAGAACGCUGUGAAAAAUUUUAUGGUUCGAACUUUAAGAUCAAUCAGGUCAGAGAUGAAGACGCCGAUGUUGAUGAAAGUGAAGACAAUUCAUCAAAUGAUUCAGAUCUUAAUGCCAAUGAAUUAAAAACUUUGAAAUCCAUCAUUACUUACCUUUUACCCCAAAUUGGCUCCGGUGUACAAAAAAUAGUUUUAUCAUCUUCAAGAACGCUUUCUAGUAGCUUGCUUCGCUCUAUCCUAAUUUUGUGUCCAAAUGUUACUUUCUUGGAUGUUUCCUAUACUUCAGUCAAUGAUACAAUUUUCAAAGGGUUGAAAUAUUAUUCUUGCUGCCUGAAACUCCAACACCUUGAUUUAUCUGGGUGUAAAGCCGUCACGGAUUUAGGACUCUAUAGGCUUGCAGAUACCAUGGCACUUCUCCCAUCAGAAAUACCUGAUGGCUCUAAUGAGUUGCGUGAAGUGUAUUUAAGAGACUGUCACAACUACCAAAGACGCAGUUCAGGGGAAAACAAUUCUGGUUCAGACUGUUUGUGUGAAAUUGAAGAAAGUGGACUGAUGCUUCAGAGAAAUCCUUGUUACCCGUGCUCUGCAAGUCGUUUCUGUACAGCUGUUUGUCUGUGGAAGCAAAAUGGGGUCAUGUGCCAUUUGGCAAAACUUUCUUACCAGUGCCCCUUCCUUCAAUCUUGUGAAUCGCUAGAGAAACAGUAUGCCAGAUACGAAUCACCGGGUGCUAGCAGCAUUUUGAAAACAACUGGUAUAUUUGUUGGUGAUUCUUCAAGUUCUGGGUCGAGUAGACCAGACAUCCGUGAGGAUAGGUCACUGAUACAUCUUAAUCUGUCUGGUUGUGUAGAAAUUAGUGAUGUAGGCUUGAAAUGCCUGAAAGAAGCAGGUAUCCUCACUGCCUUACAGUACUUAGAUGUGUCUGGUUGCUAUUUUAUGUCUGGGCCUGGAUUGUGCUCUGUAAUCGACUCUCUGAAGCUACUGGAGCCUAAGAAUAUUUUUUAUUGUGAUCGCAUUACAGAUGGACCUUAUCCAGAUACUGCCAACGGAUGCCAAAAUCUAGAAAACGAGUAUAGGGCUUGUUGCUGUCGAAUGAUGUCAUAAAUUGAAAAUUCUUUCAUAUGUACAUAUAAUUAUGUAAAGUGAUGUAAAAAGUUUAAUUCCUAAUUCUGUAAGGAAAAAUUGAGAUCUUUAAUGAAAUGCAUUGUUUUCACAUGAGUAAGCGAGAAAAUAAUGUUCAUAUUGUUAUUUGCUAUUUCGCCUUAAAAAACGAUGCAAUGCAAAAUACGAAGAAAUUUAUUUUAACAUAAAAUUCCUAUGUGGAAAUAUUUGAUUUUAAAAGUGAAUACAAAUGUAUAGCACUUAGCUUGUUUCAUCAAUGUUUAUACUUAUUUUUUUACUUUUCUGUUCAUUUUUUUGAAAUUUAAACAACUCAAAGAUUGCUAAAAAAAAAUACACAAUAACAUUUUUUUUUUUUGAAAAUUAAAAUCAUUUUAGUGCUUUUAAAAAUCUGCAUAGCAAAUAUUGAUUCUAUCUCAUUCACCUUUCAGGCGCCUCCCCCCCCUUUUUUUUAGUUCUUCAUUGAAAUUCAAAAAGGAAAUGAAAAAUUCAAUUAUAUUAGCACAAUAAUCUGCAAGGCACUAUUUGACUAGAUUCUUUCAAAGGUUUGUAUGAACUAUUAAAAAUAUUUUGGUAAUAUUUUAUGCAUUAUCAAUUUCUUGCAGAAGUUGAAGUCACCACUGAAAUUGCUACAACUUUGCUUCAAGUAUUAUGUUAAAUUUUAUGGAAAAAUCUAUAAAUAAAGCAAAUUUUUUACAUUUUAAAAUUAAUAUUACGUAAAGCACUUCUUGCUUUUCAGUUUAAUUAUAUUCAUACACCAAGGAUAUUUGAAAUAUCUUUUGAAAAAAAAAUCACUGAAAUGUAUUUUGUUUUAAUUUGUUUCGAUUUUUUUAAUGGAAUGUCUCUUCAAGUUGAAUGACGAGACAUUUUGUCUUAAUGCUUCGUUGAAAUUUUGUAUACCUUCAAUAUAAAUAAAGUUAUCA